AUGCCACAACAAGACCUUGAUUCAAAUGCAUCUACCGAUUCUACAGCACCAAACUUGAGUCAUUCUCCAAGGCGGUUGCCGGUGUUGAGAUACGUUGUAGACAUUUCGUUGGUUGCUAUCACAUGUAAGUUAACAUAACUGAAAGAGAAGUUAAAUUUAAUUCUUGAACAGAAAAAUUUACAAAAUUUAAGUUUUUGCGAUUAUAAAUUUAUUGCAAACUUUUAAAAGCGAUAUUUUAGUUUUUGUAUCACAAGUGAUAGUCAAAAGCUUUGGACCAGUUGAAAAUGGUUUCUACUGUAACGAUGCACGUCUUUCUUUUCCGUACAAAGGGAGCACGGUAACGGUAGUACAUCUACUUUUGUAUUGUGUACUGUUACCUUUGGUAUUUGUAAGUGUUUUUAAAAUAUUUAUUUUAAGUUUUUUUAUUUAAAUUUAACUUCAACUAGACCUGUAAAGAGGCUAAACCAAGCUCAGUUUUUUGGUUUUGCUUGUCCUUUAUAGAGCCCACAUGUGUAGAUCCAACCUGUCCUUUUUCAAAGUUGCCUUGAUUCGGCCUAAUCUGGGUUUUUUGAGGCUCAUUUCAGUUUCAAUCUUAACGUUUUUUCAUUUUUUUAAAACUUUUUACAAGUUACUUUGUAAACUUACAGGUAAUAAUAACCGAGCUAGUAAUGCUGUCAAUCCACCCUCAUGAACGCUACUCUGUAUACGAAUACCAUCGUGGUAAAGUUCAACGAUUUGGUAUUAGAAUGGCCGUAUUUUAUGGUUACUACUUUGCAUUUGAAAUAUUUGUAUUCCUGUUGACUCUCUACACUAAAAAUUCAGUCGGUCGAUUGCGUCCCCACUUUUUGACAGUAUGUCAACCAUCGUAUGAUCCGGCCGAUUGUAAUGUCGCUGGGGCAUUUAUUGGAAAUUACACAUGUAUGAGUGGACUGUCGGACAAAGUUAGAGAAGCUAGACUAUCGUUCUUCAGCGGACAUUCUAGUUUUGCAUUUGGUGCUGCUACUUUUACUGUGGUAGGUUUAUAUUUACAUUGAAGUGUAAAAAUACGAAGUUUUGAACGACUUGUAUCUUUGGCUUUCUUCAAACAAAAAACGAAAGUAAUUUACCGCAAUAAGUUUUUAACUUUUAGCUUUACCUCCAACACCGACUGAUCGGUCACAUUCGAUCUCGCAUCAUAAUUCCUUUGAUCCAAACAAUCGUCGUAAGCACAGCCUUGUUCAUCGCUGUAUCUCGUCUCUUUGACUACAAACAUCACUGGACUGAUGUUGGCGUUGGUGUCUCAGUUGGCAUUUUAACCAUGGUGACCUUGUGUCGCUACAGUGCUGGAUUCAGGUAUCGUGCACCACGUGAAGUUGAAGCAGAACUUGUAGCGUUGGAUUUGGAAGCGGAGAGGAAUCAGAAGAAAGAAAAAAUUAAUAUAAAUGCAUCUAUUAAACGGCCAGAAAGUAGCACUGGCAUGAUUGCCAAUCGAUCGUUUCAAUGGAUGGAAGCUUACAGUUAG